AGUGAACUACCUCUUAUGAAAUAAAGAAAUGGAUGGGAUGGAUGAAACAUCUAAAAGAAUCCUAGAGCCAUACCAGUAUUUACUUCAACUACCAGGUAAGCAAGUGAGAACCAAACUGUCACAGGCCUUUAAUCACUGGCUGAAUGUUCCAGAAGAUAAAAUACAGGUUAUCAUUGAAGUGACAGAGAUGUUGCACAAUGCAAGCCUACUUGUGGAUGAUAUUGAAGAUAACUCAAAGCUACGACGGGGCUUUCCAGUGGCACACAGUAUCUAUGGAAUUCCAUCUGUAAUCAACUGUGCUAAUUAUGUGUAUUUCCUUGGCUUAGAGAAGGUUUUAACCCUUGAUCAUCCAGAUGCUGUUAAAGUUUUUACCCGUCAACUUCUGGAACUCCAUAAAGGUCAAGGCUUGGAUAUUUACUGGCGGGAUACUUAUACCUGUCCUACAGAAGCUGAAUAUAAAGCUAUGGUACUGCAAAAGACAGGUGGUCUCUUUGGACUAGCUGUAGGCCUCAUGCAGCUGUUCUCAAAUUAUAAGAAAGACUUAAAGCCACUCCUUAACACACUUGGCCUCUUCUUCCAAAUAAGAGAUGACUAUGCCAACUUGCACUCCAAAGAAUAUAGUGAAAACAAGAGUUUCUGUGAAGACUUAACUGAGGGCAAGUUCUCAUUCCCAACCAUCCAUGCAAUUUGGUCAAGACCUGAAAGUACUCAGGUGCAAAACAUUUUACGUCAAAGGACAGAGAACAUAGAUAUUAAAAAAUACUGUGUACAUUACCUUGAAAAUGUGGGUUCCUUUGAGUACACUCGGAAUACAUUGAAAGAGCUUGAAUCUGAAGCCUAUAAACAAAUUGAAUUGCUUGGGGGAAACCCUGAGCUUGUAGCACUAGUUGAACAGCUUAGCAAAAUGUUCAAAGAAACUGAAAAUUAAAAACUUAACUGCUGGCGGUG